CCAUUUUACUGUAAUAAUUGUAAUGUUAAAUUCUUUUGAUUUUGAAAGAGGUAGCGGCAAUUCCUAGAGAGAGAAAAAAACAGGAGAGAGAAUAUUGCUGAAGAAGAAGAACAAGAUAACAAGCUCUUCUAUGCUAUCUCAGACAAAACGCAAUUGUAACUUAAUUUCACCUUUCAAUUUCAAUUCUUGAACAAGUCUUCCCAUGUCAAAAAAGGAUUGAAUUUGUUGACCUAAAUUCUCACUCUUCUUCAUUUCCAACACCGUCAGAUGAUGUUGUCAAGAAUGGAAAGUGGUAAGAAGAAUGGUGGGGUUUCUAGUAACCAAAAGAAAUUACUAAAGGAUGUUGAAACUAUGAAUAAAGCUAUGUAUUUGGAUAGAAAUUCUUCAAGGAAUUCACUAUCUGGUUCGAGUUCGAGUUCUCAAUCUAAAACCGUAGGAAAAUCUGUUUUUCGGGAUCCGAAACCAAGGCCUAAAGGAAGUAGUAAUAGUAAUGAUGAUAAUGAUGGUUUGCAGAAGGAUAAAAGGUCUAUAUGGAAUUGGAGGCCAUUGAAGGCCCUUUCACAUAUCCGUAAUAAGAGGUUCAAUUGUAGUUUUUAUCUCCAUGUACAUUUGGUUGAAGGAUUGCCUUCCACUUUUGAUGAUUUGAGUCUUUCAGUGUAUUGGAAGAGAAGGGACGGGGUUUUGGUGACCCGUCCAGCGAAGGUGAUUCAGUGUGUGGCUGAAUUUGAUGAAAAGUUGACUUAUACUUGCUCAGUUUAUGGCAGUAGGAGUGGACCUCACCAUUCUGCGAAGUAUGAAGCAAAGCACUUUUUGCUCUACGCUUCGCUUCUUAGUGCGCCGGAUCUUGAUUUGGGGAAACAUCGAGUUGAUCUCACGAGGUUGCUUCCUCUCACUCUAGAGGAGCUUGAGGAGGAGAAGAGCUCGGGGAAGUGGACUACUAGUUUCAGGUUAUCAGGAAAGGCUAAGGGUGCUGUGAUGAAUGUCAGUUUCGGGUAUACGGUUGUUGGUGAAAACACCAGCUCGACAAGAGAUGGACUUAAUGCUCCUAAUGUGUUGACUUCAAGGCAAAAUAGUAUUUCUUUGAUGAAACCGGACGUUAAACACCGACAGUUUGAUGGAAGCAGCAGCGUGAGGCGCGCUGGAAGUUUACAAAACUUUAGCAGUCGGGAUUCCUCCCAAGCUACAGAAGAGGUAAAGGAUCUUCAUGAGGUGUUGCCGUCGUCAAAGUCUGCACUAGCCAGCUCAAUAGACGCCUUAUAUAAGAAAUUUGAUGAAGCAAAAGCAUGUGGCUCUAUUGACAAUGAACCUGAUUCUGAUAUGUCAAAAGAAAAUCUUGAACCAAUCAAACAAGAUGCCCUUACUUCAUUUGACGUUGGAAAAGAAACGCCUGAAGUGCAGGCUGUUAAUGAUGGAAAUACAUGUCUGUUGCUUGACACACCUGAACUCGAUGUAUUUCAAGAAAAUGUGGAGACAGAUAAACCAGUAUACUAUCUUUUACUUGACUCUGAAAAAGAAAAAACUGAAGGCUGUCAAGAUAAUGAGUUUUUUGUUGUCGAUAAGGGUUUUGAAACCUCACCAAUUGAAACCUCACCAAUUGAAACUGUUAAAGGAGAGGAGUCAUUCAACAAGGCUUCUGAAGAUGCUUCCACAGUUGACAGUACCUUCAUCGUUGAUACUGCAGGCUGCUUACAAGUAUCUUCUGAAGAUAGUAUUAUACAUGAUUCUGUUGAUGAGACAAAUGAUGGUUGUAAGGAUGAGGCAGUGGUAGAUGAAUCUGCUUGCGAAGUGGAUGAUUUGUACACAGAUGAACUGCUGCAAGAAUUAGAAUCAGCUAUAAAUAGUGUCUCAGAUUUGGAGACAGUGGCUCUGGAGUCUCCUAAAUUUGUGGAAUCCAAAUCUGAACAUAUGAUGAGAAAGACACAUAGCUUAGACGAUGUUACAGAAUCGGUUGCUAACGAAUUUUUAAGCAUGCUUGACAUAGACCAUAGUCCGGCAGGCUUGAACUAUGAAAGCGAGCCCGAGUCCCCAAGAGAACUUCUUUUAAGAGAGUUUGAGAAGGAAGCCCUGGAUGGGGGCUUCUCCUUAUUUGGUUUUGAUAUGGAAUGUGACAAUGUAUCUGAUGAUGGCUAUGAUGCUUCUAAUGGGUCUGACCAGUGGAACUUCUCUGAGGCUAUUCAUUCAUCAUCGAUGUUCCAACACCUGCAGAAGGAGCAUCUAGUUGAGUCUCACGACGGGAGGAGCAAACAAAAGGCUCAAAUGCUAGAAGAUUUGGAGACUGAAGUCUUAAUGCGUGAAUGGGGUUUGAACGAGAAAGCUUUUCAUCAUUCUCCGCCAAAAGAUUUUACUGGUUUCGGAAGUCCAAUUCAAUUACCACCUGAAGAGCCUCCGAUGUUGCCUCCUCUUGCCGAGGGAUUAGGCCCUUUUCUUCAGACAAAAGAUGGGGGUUAUCUACGGUCUAUGAAUCCCACACUUUUCAGCAAUACUAAAGCUAGUGGGAGUUUAAUCAUGCAGGUUUCCAACCCUGUUGUUGUACCUGCAGAAAUGGGAUCCGGAAUAAUGGAAAUUUUACAGUGUUUGGCUUCAGUUGGAAUUGAAAAACUCUCGAUGCAAGCAAAGGAGUUAAUGCCACUGGAAGAUGUCACAGGGAAGACAAUGCAACAAGUAGCAUGGGAAGCUAUGCCUGCCUUAGAGGGAACAGAGAGGCAAUAUCAUUUGCAGCAUGAUGAUUCAGUAACAGGGCAAUAUACUACUCGUGUGCAACCAUCUGGACUGAAGUCUGGCAAUUUUAAUUCACGUUUAGUGGCCAACCAGACAGGCUCAGAGUUUGUUUCAAUUGAAGAUCUUGCGCCGUUGGCUAUGAACAAAAUUGAAGCACUUUCGAUGGAGGGGUUGAGAAUACAAUCCGGGAUGUCGGAAGAGGAUGCACCAUCAAACAUUGUUGCCCAAUCGAUUGGGGAAAUGUCAACUCUCCAAGGCAAGGGCAUUGAUAUUAACAGUUCCCUCGGCAUGGAAGGAGCUGCUGGUCUGCAGUUGAUGGAUGUAAAAGAAAGCAGCGACAGUGUUGAUGGGAUAAUGAGCCUGUCGUUAACUCUUGAUGAGUGGAUGAAGCUGGAUUCUGGUGAAAUCGAUGAUGUAGAUAACAUCAGCGAGCAUACUUCGAAACUUCUUGCAGCCCAUCAUGCUAACUCGUUCGACUUUAUCCGUGGGAGUUCAAAAGGAGGAGAUAGGAGACGAGGCAAAGGCUCUGCUAGAAGAUGCGGUUUGCUAGGAAACAAUUUCACAGUUGCGUUAAUGGUGCAGCUUCGUGAUCCUCUGAGAAAUUAUGAGCCUGUUGGAACACCGAUGCUUGCACUUAUACAAGUCGAGAGAGAGUUUGUCUUACCAAAGCAAAAAAUUUAUUGUAGUGUGUCUGAGUUAUGGAACAACAACAACGAGGACAAUGAGAGCGAAAUAGUUGCAAAGGUGGAGGUGAAGGACACUGAUAAAGAGGAGAAAAUUUCUGAAGCAGAACUCAUUCCUCAGUACAAGAUUACUGAAGUUCAUGUGGCAGGUCUUAAAACUGAGCCUCAGAAAAAGAAGAUUUGGGGAACUUCGACCCAGCAGCAAUCUGGUUCGCGAUGGUUGCUUGCUAAUGGAAUGGGGAAGAAUAACAAGUUUUCAUCGAUUAAGUCAAAGGCUGCAUGUAAAUCUGUUGCUCCAGUUACCACAAAGGUGCAGCCGAGUGAUACCUUGUGGAGCAUUUCUUCGCGUAUUUUUGGUUCUGCUAAAAAGUGGAAGGAAUUGGCAGUACUAAAUCCAAAUAUAAGAAACCCUAAUGUCAUUAUACCAAAUGAAACUAUUAGACUUAGUUGACUCAAGAGUGGAAUUCCCAAUUCAGAUUUUUCUUGAAGAAGACUUAUCCUUGUUGUCACAGGCAAUAUUUCUGUGAAGUUUAAUUAAUUUAAUUGAGCCAUCUGGGGAACCUGUUCCAGGAAAUUGUUUGAUUUUGUUAGAGCAUCAAUCAAAUUGGACAAAUAAGUGCAAGGUAUGAGAUAUGGUUAUAUGGAGAAAACAGCAUAAGCAUAAUGGACUUUUUAUUGUAGGUUUACUUUUCUUUUGUAAAGUCGCUUGUUACUUUUCUUUGCAUUAAUUAAUGUAUGUACUUUUGUCAUCUGAAAGUAGUGUGUGCAUAUUCCACCGGGUUAUAUAUUGCAAUUUAUUAGAAAAUAUGGUGUUUUGUUUUA